AACUCCCCCAGCUACUUCCCCAAAGUGUCACUGUCCAGUGGGUCCACCCUCGAUCCCCUUUAUAGCGCCACGCCUUAUCGUUCCCAGUCGCUCACUUCCGGAUCGAAAGUCGCCGGCCAUGAAGCUCUCCUGCCUUCUCCUCGUCUCCUUCUUUGCCGCGGCGUACGCGUCGUCGGAGAGAGCGAUCGCGGUCGCGGGCGCCGGCGGCCUCUUAUCGGACCCGGAGCAGCAGUGCGUGUACACGGUGUACGUGCGGACGGGCUCGAUCUGGAAGGGCGGGACGGACUCGGCGAUCGGCGUGACCCUGCUGGGCUCGGACGGCACGGGCGUCCGGAUCGCCGACCUGGAGCAGUGGGGCGGGAUAAUGGGCGCCGGCCACGACUACUACGAGCGCGGCAACCUCGACAUCUUCAGCGGCCGCGGGCCCUGCAUGGAGCGCGCGCCGUGCUGGGCGAACGUCACCUCCGAUGGCGCCGGCGCGCACCACGGCUGGUACUGCAACUACGUCGAGGUCACGGCCACGGGGCCCCACAUGGGCUGCGCGCAGCAGCUCUUCACCGUCGAGCAGUGGCUCGCUACCGACGCCUCGCCCUACCGCCUCUACGCCGCCGUCGACAACUGCGGCGACAAGCAGGCAGCUGCCAAGGGCCACGAGGCCAGGGCCGCCGCUCUGUGAGAAGUCUAUGCACGCGCCGCGGCAUAGCGUGAACUGCACCCGUGCGAUAGACUUAUAUUGUUGUAAAGCAUGAUACGAUUUGAUCGAUGUGCGCGAUUCGCUUUGGCCGGCCUCUUGUUAGCAUUGACACGCCGGAAAUAAAGCCAGCGUUCGUUGUGUUCUGGAACGAUCUGGUUGGAGUCAAAUGAGGAUGAGUUGUCUGUUA